GAGAAAUCCCCAAAAACGAAAACAAAAGAGUUUUUGGAUCGCGAUGCGAAAGCGAACUAGUGCAAUUGGGCAAACGAGCUAAAAACGUCUCCUUGUUUCCCAGAUCACCGAAGGGGAAAGCCCAAAGCUUCGCCGGCGCCGGAGAUGGGGGAGCAACAGCAGCCCUCCCGCCUACUGAGAAUCCCCAAAGAAGGCGAGCGGAUUCUCGCUCCUACGCGCCGCCCCGACGGCACCCUCCGCAAGGCCAUUCGCAUCCGCGCCGGCUACGUUCCUCAGGACGAAGUCGCCAUCUAUCAGUCCAAGGGCACCCUAUUGAAGAAGGAGGCGCAGCUCGAGGGCCCGCCGGGGUAUGAUCCGGCGGUGCAUGCCAAGCCGAAGACCAAGUCGGCCAAGAGGAACGAGAAGCGCAAGGAGAAGAAGCAGCAGGCAGCUCUUGCUGCGGCAGAUAAUAAAGGCAAAGAUUUGGAUUCAGAUCAGGCCGAGGUGAUAGGAACUACAGAUGGCCCUUCUGAACUCAUCCCUCUUGCAGAAGAGGAGCAUGUGGAAUCAGUUGUUGACCAAAUGGAUACCCUCACUAUUUCUGUAACACCAGUUGUAUCUACUACUUCCUCUAAUCCAGAUGAUUGCUGGGGACCUGGGAUAUCUGGUCCAGAUAUUGAUAAGAAAAUCCGCGCACUUAAAAAGAAGAUUCGGCUUGUAGAAGCACAAUUACAAGGCAUUAAACAAAACACCAAGCUUGAGCAGUCAGAGAAGAUGACAAAGAUUGAAGGAUGGCGUGAGGAGCUUAAACUGCUUGAAGAAAAAAAGACAACUCUAGUUUCUUAAACUCCUAGAUCAAAUUCUCAUCUUUUCAUCGGUGGUUACACAAGCUCGAAGAUCUAGCUACUGGAUGUGGGAGCCUCUUUUCUUGAAUCAGGCAGUCAAUCAAAGAUGGUUUAUGGUUUAUUUAUUUAUGUCUUCCAAUGCUGCUUAGAUAUAUGAGUGUACCAUACUGAUAUCUAUUAUCGAUGAACCUUCGGCUAGUUCACUCAAUUACCUGUAGAACUAAGUUCCUAAAACUGGUGAACUCCUAUGUACCACCGUCCUUGACACGACUAGCUAUUGCAUUGCUUUUGCCUUACCGAAUUAAUGAAUUAUCAAAUUGCAUAAUCUUUUAUCUUGAAA